ACUGUCACUAUCCGUCGAACGAAGUUGUGUUUGGACAUCGAUCGUUUGAUGGUGCAAGGCAAGUUGAUUUAUACAACAUGAGAAUGAAAAGAGGAUCUAAUUCUAUGCGAGUCAGACGUCGCCAAAGUGAUGCGAAAUGGAGAGCUAGUGUUUCAAGUUGCUAUGACACACUGAAGUUUGUCAUCCCAGACAGCUGUAACCUACCAAGGAGAAAGUUUUCAAAGGCUCUAAUUCUACAAGAAACGGCAAAGCACAUCAGGACACUGGAAGAAGCAGUGUCAACUCUCCUCACACAAGAAGCUAAGCUACUGAACAAGAGUGUUCUUUGGAAGACUGGCAAGCAGUGGGCGCCUGCAACCCUGGCACACAUCAGAAAGGAGUUUGAGGAACAACAGGGCCAACUAUUUGAGCAAUCAACCCAAGGUCGUCGCCGUUACAGUAUGCUAGCAGACAUAGAGGAACAAAUUCUCCACAUGGCUGUUGAUCCAAGCCGUGUCACAGUUAUCUCCCGUGGUGGCGGCACUCAAAACAAGACCAGCAAGUCAGGAACCGGCAAAGAUAAGGGGAAGGGGAAAGAGGUUCGUGUCAGGAGAAAAGCUAAGAUUUUGAUAAAGGAUUCAACCAAGGUGUACGAAGAGCCACAGGCCCAUUCCACCCCCUGCCCCAAGAAGCAGAGGAAACAUUCUCACUCCACCAGCGUUCACGACUUCGAGACCCAAGAAAUUAUCCCUGUCAUUUGUGAGAGAGUACCUGAUGCAGACCUUCUGCCAUGUAUAGCUUUUCCUCCUGACUGCAAGUAUGACAUGUCCCAUGAUGUCCCUCUCACUACCCCGAGUAAACUGUGUUACCAUGGGAAUGAGAAGCUGUUCAGUCCUGUGGCUGAGUGUGGUUUCAACACUCCUGUCUAUGUGAACCCCAACCCCCACAGGGUAGACACCAAACCCCCCAUCACAUCACCUCGCUUCAGCAAGGUGGCCAAACAGCUUGAGUUCACCAGCGAGGAUGUUCAGCCCCUCAGACCCUCUUGUCCACAUGACAAGAUGAGCGAGAUGACAAGUGUGUUUGGUUUCACUCCCAUCAAGCUCCCACCAGAGUCAGGCACUGUGCCCCUUGACCUCUCCCAUGCCCAAGCUACACAGGCAACUCCAACCAUACAAGCACCACAAGGACUCACUCCGGCAUUCCAGAGGAAUUCAUACCCACCACAGACUCCAAAGAGUGAUGGUGACUGUCUGGAAUCUGAUGAUGAGGAAACCAAGAGCCUUCUAUGUUUCGAGACGUUUGAAAUGCUUUCGGAUGAUGAUGGUGUGCCAGAAUGGGAGAGGACGCCUGAUAAGGACAAACUUGGACAAACAUCUCCAGUGGAAGAAGAGCAACAGAAAGAUCAGUGCAAGAGGAUGUGAGUGUCUGGAUUCCGUUCUUUGG